AUGGUGUUGCGCACUCCGUCGCCAAGCAGCCUGUAUGGCCUAGUGGACAUGGGCAGCAAUGGCAUCCGCUUCUCCGUCACCGACCUCUCCCCUCCUACAGCGCGCUGCCUGCCCACCCUCUAUCAGGACCGCGAGGGCAUCUCCUUGUUCGACGCCCAAUAUAGCACCGGCGUCAAGGGGCCGAUUCCACAAGAAACUAUUGACGAGGUGCUGUCUUCACUCUUGAAGUUCAAGACCGUCUGUGCCGACUUUGGCGUGCCCGAGACCAACAUUCGCAUCCUUGCUACCGAGGCUACUAGAACUGCCGCCAAUUCGGAGGACUUCCGACAACAGAUCCGACAUGCUACGGGCUGGGAGGUUAACAUGUUGCCCAAGGAGGCCGAAGGGAGGAUAGGGGCCAUGGGCGUGGCCAGCAGUUUCGCGAGCGUGGAGGGACUGGUUAUGGAUUUGGGAGGAGGAAGCACCCAGAUCACAUGGAUGAUGGCCAAAGAUGGGAAAGUCGAGACCAGUCCCAAGGGCAGUAUCAGUUUCCCGUACGGCGCGGCAGCCCUGACCCGGCAACUUGCUGAGCUUUCGAAGUCCGACUCUGACGCUGCAGCACAUUCGAGACAGAGAUCAAACAAGACAGGAACCGAUCAGCUGGAAGAGGAAAUGAAGAUCCAAUUCAGUCAGGCGUACGACGAACUCGACCUGCCGGACGUGCUCAAAUACAAGGCCAAACAUGGCGGUCUGACCCUGUACUUGUCUGGUGGAGGCUUCCGGGGGUGGGGAUAUCUCUUGAUGUCGAAGCACAAGGUGUCACCGUAUCCAAUUCCCAUCAUCAACGGGUUUCAGGUGGUGAAACGCCAGUUCCAGCAGACGGCUGAGAUCUCGGCCCUGGCGGCCGAGGAGUCAGUUUUCCGCAUUUCGAACCGCCGCGCGGCACAAGUGCCCGCGGUGGCCUUUCUCGUCAAUGUCCUGGUCGACGCGCUACCCAUGAUCACGCAAAUCCGGUUCUGCCAGGGCGGUGUGCGUGAAGGGUUCCUGUUCGACGCACUCGACACUGCCACCAAGGUUCUCGAUCCUCUAUCCACGGCCAGCGCACCAUACGGCACACCUUCUGCCGGCGAUCUUGCGGACCUGUUGUCCUCAGGCCUGCCCGGUGAGAAUGACUUGGGCCGCUCGCUCCCAGCCACAUUUACCCCGUCCUUGGUUCGCGCGCUUUCAGAUAUGAUGUAUCUACAUCUGCCGCUGCCAAAGGAAUCGCGCGCCGUGGCCGCCCUGCACGUGCCGCUGACAGGCGUGCUGGCCUCAGCACACGGCAUCUCGCACACGGACCGGGCGCUGCUGGCUCUGGCUCUUUGCGCCAGAUGGGACGGUGGCGACGGCAGCCUGCCACCGCCGUACACGGACUUGCAAGCACGCCUGUGCGCCACCCUCACCCACCAGGAGGUUUUCUGGGCAAAGUACCUGGGUGCGCUGGCCGGCCUGGUCGGUGUCGUGUACCCGGCCGGCCGAGUCGAUCGGAGUCGACCCCGGCUGCAAUUGAGCGCGCGCUGGGCCGAGGGCUUGGGUAAGAAGGGCCUGAAUCAGGGCGUCGUGCUGCACAUCAAGUGUCGCCGCCGUCAUCAGGCAGAGGAAAGACGACCUGAAUGGGAGAUGGAUGCCAUGACCGCCCCGGCCGUGCUAAACCCGCUGGUUCACGAACUGGAGAAGAUAGGCAAGAAGAAGAACCGCGUCGGCGGCGAACAUGGCUACGGCGUGCCCAUCGAGGUGGAGAUUGAGCGAGUAUUGGAUUGA